AUGGAAAUUAGUAGCAAGAAGCGAUCAGCAAAUCUUCUUACUCAUGAUAAUCAUAGUUUAAGUUUAAUGAAUCAAACCAAAAAGAAAAAGAAAAUAUCAUCAUCAUCAUCAUUAAGCAUAAAUGAAUCGCCGAUUGCUGGCACACGAAUUACUGAUUGGGAAGAAUAUGAAAAAUGGAAAGAAGUACGUGGUGAUAUUGAACCUACAAUGAAUUAUGUUGAAAUAACAACAGAGGCUAUUGAUGAAUUACGUAAAGUAAAAAAUAUUAUUGGUGAUUAUGUUUGUCAAUUAUGUAAAGUAAAAUAUGAAAAUGCUUUUGCACUUGCUAUGCACAAAUGUCCACGCGUUGUGCAUAUUGAAUUUCGUUGUCCAGAGUGUGACAAAACGUUUAAUUGUCCUGCCAAUUUAGCAUCGCAUCGUCGAUGGCACAAACCGCAAACAUCACUAUCUUCCAAGGAACCAGCACCAGUGCCAUCAUCAUCAUCGUCGUCAUCAUCAUCAUCGUCGUCGUCGUCGUCACCAAAUCAAAAACUAAUAACAAAUAAACAUCCAAGAUAUUCAUCGCGUUCUGAUUCGCGUUCAACAAACACUUCUUCAUCUAUAGUUUCAGAUGCUAUUCAUGCAUAUCCAUCUGUGCCAACAUCAACAUCAUCAUCAAAUACAGACACGAGAAAAAAAGAUUGUUUUGACGCGAAUGAAACACAAAAGAAAUCUUCUGAUCAUGUAUUACGAGCUAUGUAUAAUGAAAGUUCUCACUGGAUGGUACCUCCAUCGUAUCAACCAUUUACAGCGUUACACAUGAAACCACCAUUGACUUUUCGACAUAAUCGAUCUGUACCAUUGUCAAUUCCAUCAUCACCAUUUGAUUUUCGUCGAUUACAAUCAUCGUGUAUUUUUUGUCACGAACAAUUUUCUGAACUUAAUCAAUUACUUCAACAUAUUCGAAAAAAUCAUGCAGUAUCAUCUAGUACAAAUACUAAAAAUACUACUGUAAAACUAGACAAAAUAGUCUUUUAA